UCGUUCUCCGGCCUCUCAGCAUGAGCUAUCGGACAGUCCUGGUAUACGAAAAGACAGACGAGAUCAUUGAUUCGCACAGAUGGAAGGUGUCUUCCGACGGAUACUGCGGCGGACCGCGCCCGGUGCGGUCUUUCGUCUGGGCCUUGACGGACUGGGAAUCUUCUGCGCCUGCACGCUGAUCUGGGAGAACUUCUUCACUGUGCAACUCAGUGAGGGGCCGUCAAUGUACCCGACAUUCAGCGCGCGCGGCGAUUACCUUCUUAUCUCGCGGCUGCAUAAACACGGGAAGGGAAUUGAGGUCGGGGACGUGGUGCGAUUCUAUCAUCCCAUGUUUCUAGGUGUUAACGGGGCAAAGAGGGUGCUAGGAAUGCCCGGGGAUUUCGUGUGCAAGGAUCCGGCUUUCAGUACGGAAGCUGGGACAGAGAAUGAGAUGAUACAGGUCCCCGAAGGACAUGUAUAUCUAGCCGGAGAUAACCUUCCCUGGUCGAGAGAUUCGCGAAACUAUGGACCAGUACCUCUGGGAUUGGUGAACGGGAAAAUCAUUGCUCGGGUCUGGCCGCCAUCGAAGAUGCAAUGGGUUACGAACACGUUCCAACCCGCUCAAUUUUCGGACGAUUGAAUGCCCAUCGGCCCACGAAGAUUCGGUGUACAAUACAAACCACAGGGAAAUGACUUGGGAUAAAGGUGUUUAGGAGUAUUGGAAGAAGG